AUGAACCCUGUCCGAUGGGUACAACAGCAACGCGAGCGGCGGAGAGUGAAGCGCGACUACAACCCUUAUGACGGGGCGUUAUACUCACAGAUCUCUCGAAGGCUGCCUCCACACCGCACGCAUCAUCGCGCGCUCACCUCGUCGCCAUUCUUCCCCGACCCGCUGUUCAAAGAGCAGUGGUACUUGAAUGGCGGAGCGAAAGAUGGAUUGGAUAUGAAUGUCGCUCCAGCUUGGCAGAAGGGCUACACAGGGAAAGGUGUGGUAGUAUCCAUACUUGAUGACGGCAUCCAGACCAAUCAUCCUGAUCUUGCUCAAAACUACGAUCCCAACGCCUCAACUGACAUCAACGGCAAUGAUGAUGAUCCUAUGCCACAAGACAAUGGAGACAAUAAACACGGGACUCGAUGCGCUGGUGAAGUGGCAGCGGUCGCGUACAACCAGUAUUGUGGAGUCGGCAUCGCGUACAACGCGAGUAUAGGUGGAGUAAGAAUGCUGGAUGGAGUAGUCAAUGAUGCCGUGGAAGCAAGAGCUUUGGGACUCAAUCCCGAUCACAUAGACAUUUACAGUGCAUCGUGGGGACCAGAAGACGAUGGAAAGACUGUUGAUGGACCAGGACCUUUAGCUAGGAGAGCAUUUAUCUAUGGUGUAACCAGUGGCCGUCGUGGCAAAGGAUCUAUAUUCGUUUGGGCAUCUGGAAACGGAGGUAGACAUACAGACUCUUGCAACUGCGACGGUUACACGAACAGUAUAUUCACGUUGUCGAUAUCAAGCGCAACGCAAGGCGGUUACAAACCUUGGUAUUUAGAAGAAUGCUCGUCCACUUUAGCUACUACUUAUAGUUCAGGGACUCCUGGUCACGACAAGAGUGUCGCCACUGUAGAUAUGGAUGGAAGAUUGCGUCCUGAUCACAUUUGCACCGUAGAACACACAGGAACUUCUGCCUCGGCACCUUUAGCAGCAGGCAUUUGUGCUUUAGCGUUGGAAGCCAACGCUGACCUCACUUGGAGAGAUAUGCAAUACUUAGUAGUAUUAACGUCCCGUCCUCAACCGCUAGAAAAAGAAAACGGCUGGAUCAUGAACGGCGUCAAAAGAAAAGUCAGUCACAAAUUCGGUUAUGGUUUAAUGGAUGCUACAGAAAUGGUAAACCUAGCCGAACAAUGGGUAUCCGUCCCACCUCAACAUAUUUGUAAGUCACAAGAGCUCAACGAAGACAAACCAAUUGAAUCCACGUUUGGUUAUACAUUAUCAGUUCACAUGGACGUAAACGGCUGCAGCGGAACUGUAAAUGAGGUGAGAUAUCUUGAACACGUUCAAUGCAAGAUAUCAUUAAGAUUUUUCCCUAGAGGUAAUCUACGCAUUCUUUUAACAUCUCCCAUGGGAACCGUCUCCACGUUACUAUUCGAAAGGCCUCGUGACGUCAUCAGUUCAAACUUCGAUGACUGGCCAUUCUUAAGUGUCCAUUUCUGGGGCGAGCAUGCCGAAGGCAGAUGGACUUUACAAAUUGUCAACGGAGGCAACAGGCAUGUGAACCAGCCUGGCAUACUCAAGAAAUGGCAACUUAUAUUCUAUGGGACAUCCAUCGACCCGAUAAGAUUGCGUUCGAAGCGCCCUUCGGCUGCGGCUCCGCCGUUCGCCUUCCCAACCGCAGCUGACGGUUACGACACUAUCGGGGAUUCUUUUUACAACACUGACGCGUUUGCCAAUUACCAGAACUUUCCUACAUUAUUCGCCGCCGGAUCAGAUCCGGAAAAGGCGGUAGCCCGUCUCGACGGACAUAACGUCCCUUCACCGCAUGGGGAGAAUGUCCUCGCUGAUAGUAAUGACAGACGCGUCAUGCACGAAUGUGACCCCGAAUGCGAUUCCCAAGGAUGCUAUGGAAAAGGACCGACUCAAUGUAUAGCUUGUAAGAACUAUCGUUUGGACGACACUUGCUUUUCGCGGUGUCCUCCAAGAAGUUACACGAACCAAGGAGGUGUUUGCUGGCCAUGCCACGAGUCAUGUGAGACUUGUAUGGGACCAGGACAAGAUUCCUGUUUGACGUGUGCUCCAGAGCACUUAUUAGUGGCAGAUCUAGCUGUUUGUCUUCAGCAGUGUCCAGAUGGAUAUUGGGAGGACGCUGAUUCAGCUGUUUGCAGGCCUUGCGCUGCUCAUUGCGCCACGUGCUCAGAAAGAUCUGAUGUGUGUACUUCUUGCGAACAUCAUUUAGUGCUUCAUGAAGGGACUUGUAUGGCCUCAUGUCCACCUUCGUUCUACGAGACAGAAGAUUAUUCUUGUGCCAAGUGUCAUACAUCAUGUGACACAUGUGAGGGCCCGGCGGACACGCAGUGUGUCUCUUGUCACCCUUCUAGCUAUGCUUUGGACGGACGCUGUGUUACCACUUGUCCUAGUGGCUUUUACGCGGAUAAGAAGCGCAAAGAGUGUAUGAAGUGUCCAGUAGGCUGCACAGCAUGCACUGGUAACUUGUGCCUCGCCUGCGAAUUGAACUGGGAGUUAAACAGAAAGGGCAAGUGCGUUCCAACUGGCUCCGACCGCUGUGUUUCUGGAGAAUACAUAGACGGGCAAAGCUGUAAGCAAUGCCAUUCCGCUUGCGAAACCUGCUACGGUGACAAAAUGGAGCAAUGCCUCACUUGCCCGUCGCCUAACCUUCUUCAAGACUACAAGUGUGUAGCCGAAUGCAGCCACGGUUACUACGCGGAGGCAGGUCGGUGCUCGCGCUGCAUCCACGGCUGCACCGACUGCGUGUCUCGCUUGAACUGCACCUCGUGUGUAGGCACUCUGAGACUCCAAUCCGGUGCUUGCCGCACUUCUUGUGCUGAUGGGUACUACGCGGACCGCGGCACCUGUUCAAAAUGCUACCUAUCCUGUCGCACCUGCAUCGGUCCCCGACGCGACCAGUGCGCCUCCUGCCCCCAAGGCUGGCGGUUGGCCGCGGGCGAGUGCCACCCUGAAUGUCCUCAAGGUUUCUACCAAAGCGUCGGCGGCUGCCGGCACUGUCACCACUACUGCCGCGAGUGUGACGGCUCAGGCCCUCUCCAUUGCAAGUCCUGCCCUCCUCGCUUCAUGCUCGACGGAGGCUUAUGUAUGGAGUGCCUGGGGUCCCAGUACUAUGACGCAACCACUGGGACCUGCAAGAGCUGUGACCCCUCCUGCAGAACUUGCUCCGGCCCUGGCCAGUUCAGCUGCACUGCUUGCUCAAGACCUCUCAGACUCGACAAACUAAACAACCAAUGCGUGCCGUGCUGUGCGGAGCGCGGAAAUACAGCAAGCACCACUCCCGCGCCCGACUGCUGUCACUGUCAUCCUGACACUGGCGACUGCAUAAAUUCGUCGGGCGCGGGCAAGCGUCGCAUCGCGGAGUGGUCGGCGCUACAGUCCAACAGCGAGUGGUCGCCGAGCGGUCCGCCCGCGACCGUUGUUACGCUCGCCGUGUGCGCGGCCGCGCUAAUGGUGUUCCUUACUGUGCUGUUUGUGCUGCAAGUAUGUAGAACAUUUGUUUUAUGAGAGCUCUAAGGUCAA